CUCUCCGUAGCGCCUUAGCCCGCUCGAGUUUCAAGGCGCGUUGUUGUUUGACGAAGCUGAGCCCUUUACACUGCCCGCUGCUUUCCAGAUCAUGGCUUCUCCGAGUUCCUUCACCUACUGUUGCCCUCCAUCUUCCUCCCCUGUCUGGUCAGAGCCGCUGUACAGUCUGAGGCCCGAGCACGCGAGGGAGCGGUUGCAGGACGACUCGGUGGAAACAGUCACGUCCCUAGAACAGGCAAAAGUAGAAGAAAAGAUCCAAGAGGUCUUCAGUUCUUACAAGUUCAACCACCUUGUACCAAGGCUUAUUUUGCAGAGGGAGAAGCACUUCCAUUAUCUGAAAAGAGGCCUCCGACAGCUAACAGAUGCCUAUGAGUGCCUGGAUGCCAGCCGCCCAUGGCUCUGCUACUGGAUCCUGCACAGCUUGGAACUCCUAGACGAGCCCAUCCCCCAGGUGGUAGCCACAGACGUGUGUCAGUUCCUGGAGCUGUGUCAGAGCCCAGAAGGUGGCUUCGGAGGGGGCCCUGGCCAGUACCCACACCUUGCUCCCACGUACGCAGCAGUCAACGCGCUGUGCAUCAUUGGCACCGAAGAGGCCUAUGACGUCAUCAACAGAGAGAAACUCCUCCAGUACUUGUACUCGCUGAAGCAACCCGAUGGCUCUUUUCUCAUGCACGUUGGAGGUGAGGUGGAUGUGAGGAGUGCGUACUGUGCUGCCGCAGUAGCUUCUCUGACCAACAUCAUCACUCCAGACCUGUUUGAGGGCACUGCUGGGUGGAUCGCAAGGUGUCAGAAUUGGGAAGGUGGAAUUGGCGGGGUGCCAGGGAUGGAAGCCCAUGGUGGCUAUACUUUCUGUGGCCUGGCGGCACUGGUCAUCCUCAAGAAAGAACGGUUCUUGAACUUGAAGAGCUUAUUACAAUGGGUGACAAGCCGGCAGAUGCGGUUCGAAGGUGGAUUUCAGGGCCGCUGCAACAAGCUGGUGGACGGCUGCUACUCCUUCUGGCAGGCGGGGCUCCUGCCCCUGCUCCACCGCGCGCUGCAUGCCCAAGGUGACCCUGCCCUCAGCGUGAGCCACUGGAUGUUUCAUCAGCAGGCCCUGCAGGAGUACAUUCUCAUGUGCUGCCAGUGUCCCACCGGCGGACUCCUGGAUAAACCUGGCAAGUCCCGGGACUUCUACCACACCUGCUACUGCCUGAGCGGCCUGUCCAUAGCCCAGCACUUCGGCAGUGGAGCCAUGUUGCAUGAUGUGGUCCUGGGUGUGCCUGAAAAUGCCCUGCAGCCCACUCACCCUGUGUACAAUAUUGGACCAGAUAAGGUGAUUCAGGCCACCAUGCACUUUCUGCAGAAGCCGGUUCCAGGCUUUGAGGAGCACGGGAACGAGGCGACAGCAGAGCCUGCCACUGCCUAGAGGACGCGGGGUCUUGCGGCACUGUGUCCACCCACCUCCCCAGUCUGACCAAGGUUUAUACAUCUCGAGACAUACUGCAUCCUGUGCUGCACGAGCCUUGGCCGCUGUGAAGCUUGGUUCUUUGUCCUUUCUUGUUAAACAAAACAAAACUGAUGGCUCUCGGUUUUGAGAACACAGUGGUGUGGUUUUUUAAAAAUUCUUUCCAGUCCCGUCCAACCAAAAAUCUGUGAUCCGUGCGGCAUCUGAACCCGGCUCUGGCCUGGCCAGGGUUGGCUGGAGAACAGUGCAUGUGUGGAAGCAGCAGCCCCAACCCACCAGCUCUCCAGUGCAGCCGCCGCAUUGAAAUGAAUGCUGUUGAAGUGAAUGAGUAUUACGGCAUCCGGAGCUGCUGCUGCGAUUCCCACUUGUGCCACCGUGCAGUCACCAGGAAGGUGGCCUCCCGUGGGUGGAAAUAAAUCUGCUCCAUGCCUAGGCAGGAACUUUAGGUCCCACCAGAAUGAAUUCUCCAGGAAAAAAAACAUGAUGGGGCUUCACUCAGAAGUGCCUGAGGCUCUUACUUCCCAGCCUGGUUACUUGCAAGGGGAAAGGAGCCUGGGGUGGGAAGAGAACGGUCUCAGGAGGCGGGAAUGAGUCUCUCUCCCUCUCCACGCUGGGGCACUGACCACACAUCUCCAAGGCCGGCAUGGUGCAUGGCAGGAUUUGCUUCAGCCCCAGUUGUGCUGACUUAGACCUGGGAAACCAAUUAUGAAUGGAAAAUGAAACUUUAGUUCAACUCUGUGCCAGAGGAAGCAGCCCCAGAGCCCACCCUCUCAACCCACCCCACCAUGUGCCCUGAAAAGCCCCUCUGAGGACCGCAAGGCAGCGCCUUCAGCCCGUGGCCAGUCUGUAUUUCCAUCUUUCUUCCCCUGACUCCCACCCACCCUCUUCAAAGACAGUGUUGUCUUCUCUCACCCCAGGUAUUAACACUACUAAGUCUCUCAUCUUAAUUUCUGACUCAGGAUUUGUUCACAUCCUGCCCACUCCAGGCUCAGAGAAGUGAAACCAAGUGCUAGAUGAGCUGCCUGCUGCUGAGGCAGUAGCCGUGUAAACCUGACCGGGACAGGGCUGAGCGCUGCCCGGUGUGUUCAGCCUGGCAGGGCCUCGGCUGCCCACACAGAAGAACCCUCUCUCAGUCAGUGGAGUGUCGCGUUGGCUCACCUGUCCACUGCUGCAGUCACAGCCAGCUCCAUGUCGCUGGUCUGGCCUUCCUGUAAGCAGCCAUGGGCUGUGGGCAGAUGGGGGCCCGGAGAUGCAGCACAAGGCUCUUCUCAAAAGCCCUGGCCAUCUGCUGCCUCUCAUUCCGCAGUGCUUUGGUGUGUCGGGCUAUGUAUUACCUCCUUAAAAUAAUAAAAGAAU